AUGGUAGUAGGAAAGGGAAAGAAAGACCCAGCAUCAGCAAAAAAAGUAAAUCAGACAAAGCCAGUCUUUAAGACAGCACAGUUACACAGAAUGGUAAGAGAUAAAAGUAAAAUGAGAGUGUCACACAAAGCAAUCAUAGCCAUAGGGUCAGUCACUGAGUACACCUUAGGAGAAAUAAUCGAGGCAUCCAAGCUCAUCUGUGAUGAAGAGAACAAGAGGAAGAUCGUCUCAAGGCACUUAGCCAUAGCCAUAAGGAAGGAUGAGGAAUUAUACUCACUCGGUCGUAACUGGUUAAUAAAGGAGGGUGGUGUAUGUCCAAACAUGGAGAAGAAGGAGAAGAAGAAGGAGGAAGUAUAAGUACAGCAUAAAAUAAGAAUUAGUCUAUUUUACACUGUAAUAUUUACUUAGUCUAUUUGUAUACGGUGCUUAGUCUAUUUGUAUACCGUGGUACGAAUGGUCUUCUUAUAACAGUUAGUAAAUUACCUCA